GAUAUCAAAAAGAUGUUUCAAAAUCUGAGUUUAUGGUUGUUUAUACUCUGUUUUUACCUCGUUAACACCGGGUUUAAAGCAGAAACGCAAGAUAAAAUCGACAAGAGACAGCUUUACAUUGUGUACAUGGGAGAUGCAGCUGGGAAGUAUAAUGUUGAAGCCUCGGAAAACCAUCAUAAUCUUCUAUCCAAAGUGAUCGGAGAUGAGAGUAAAGCAAGAGAAGUUAGAAUAUAUAGUUAUGGGAAGAACAUUGAUGGAUUUGUUGCAAGACUUCUUCCUCAUGAAGCAGAGAUGCUAUCACGCGACGAAGGAGUUGUAUCGGUGUUUAAGAACACUCAAAGGCAGCUUCACACGACAAGAUCAUGGGAUUUUCUUGGAAUGGUUGAGUCUAAAUACAAAAGAAGUGAAGCGGUUGAAAGUAACAUCAUUGUAGGAGUUCUUGACACAGGAAUCUAUAUAGACUCGCCAAGCUUUGAUGACAAAGGCUUUGGUCCUCCACCAGCUAAAUGGAAAGGCAAAUGUGUAACUGGACACAACUUGACUCGUUGCAAUAACAAAGUGAUAGGAGCAAAGUACUAUCACCUGAAAAUACCGAAUUAUAACGAUUCGGCUGCGGAUUACGAUGGUCAUGGGACUCACGUAUCUUCCACAUUAGCUGGCGUUGCUGUCUCAGAUGCUAACCUAUUCGGACUUGCAAACGGUACAGCACGUGGAGGUGUUCCCUCUGCUCGUAUAGCCGCUUAUAAGGUCUGCUGGGCAGAAGGGUGUUCGGCCAUGGACAUGCUGGCGGCAUUCGACGAGGCGAUCUCUGAUGGAGUCGAUCUAAUAUCGAUCUCCAUCGGAGGAUCCUCGCUUCCGUUUUUCGAUGAUCCUAUUGCUAUUGGAGCGUUUCACGCUAUGAAAAGAGGGAUUCUGACAACGUGUUCCGCAGGUAACAAUGGUCCUGGUCUGUUUACGGUUUCAAACCUAGCUCCUUGGGUGAUGACCGUCGCGGCUAACUCAGUUGACCGGAAGUUUGAAACUGUUGUCAAACUUGGCAAUGGACUCACCGCAACUGGGAUUUCUGUAAACGGGUUCACUCCAAAGAAGAAGAUGUAUCCUUUAACGAGCGGUUUGCUUGCUUCUAACGUAACUGACGGAGACUAUGGAGAACCCAAUGCUUGUCAAUAUGGGACAAUGGCGGAAGAUAAAGUGAUGGGGAAGAUAGUUUACUGUGACGUAGGGAGUGAAGAAGUAGGAGGAAGCAGUGAAGGUCAAGACCAGAUUGUGAGAUCCUUAAAAGGAGCUGGCGUGAUCGUUCAACUUCUUGAACCGAUUGAUAUGGCCACUUCAACUCUCAUUCCUGGCUCUUAUGUCUUCUUCGAAGACGGCACAAAGAUCUCUGACUACAUCAACUCCACCAAAAAUCCUCAAGCUGUUAUCUUUAAAACGAGAACAUCCAAAAUGGUUGCUCCUUCCAUUGCUUCCUUUUCAGCAAGAGGACCUCAAAGAAUCAGCCCCAACAUCCUCAAGCCUGACAUAUCAGCACCAGGACUAAACAUUCUCGCUGCAUACUCGAAGAUAGCAACGGUAACGGUUUAUGCAGAAGACACACUAUUCUCCAUUAUGUCAGGAACAUCAAUGGCUUGUCCUCACGCAGCAGCCGCAGCAGCUUACGUCAAAUCGUUCCAUCCUGAUUGGUCUCCAGCCGCAAUCAAAUCAGCCCUAAUGACAACAUCUACUCCAAUGAGAACCAAAGACAUCGAAGCGGAGCUAAGCUACGGAUCGGGUCAAAUAAACCCGAGAAGAGCCAUUCACCCGGGUCUAGUCUACGACAUUACAGAGAGCGCUUACUUAAGUUUUCUAUGUAAAGAAGGAUAUAACAGCACAAGCAUUGGACUUUUACUUGGCGGUAGCAACGAGACUAAGAAGGAAUACAGAUGCGUGGAUCACAAGCAAGGGUUAGGAUCUGACGGGUUAAAUUAUCCGUCUAUGCAUAAGCAGGUGGGUUCCACGGGAACGAAUGUGUCAGAGAUUUUUUACAGGACGGUGAGGAGUGUGGGAUACGGACCGUCGACCUACGUGGCUAAGGUUUGGGCGCCGAAGGGAGUGAGAGUUGAAGUGGAGCCUAGGGUUAUGAGUUUCGUUAAGCCUGGAGAGGAGAAGCACUUUAAGGUUGUGAUUAAUGGAGUUAUGGAAGAGAAUCUGAGAGGUAUUUUGUCGGCUUCAGUGGAAUGGGAUGAUUCAAGAGGUCAUCUUGUGAGGAGUCCCAUCUUGCUGUUUCAAGCGGGCCGGUAGAGAGAGAGAGCUUUUGUUAAUCACCGUUUGUUUUUAAAUUUUAGUGUUUGAGUUUUUCUUUUAUUUAAUAUUAGUGUUGUUGAGCCAA